CGCGUCAACUUCCGGGCGGGUGCCCGCCAGCGCGGCCUGCGCCGCUCCCCGCCGCCGGCCCCUUUGUGUCCCCGCGGAGCCGAGGCGCGGGCCCCGGCACGUCCUCUCCCCGGGCCGGCAGCGCCGUCGUGCAGGCGCCGCUCGCCGUGGGCGGGCGCGCGGCCCGCAGGGGGGUUGGCGGGGGACGUGCCCGCGCGUGCUGGGAUAAUUCAUUUUAAAUUCCCCAUCCCACAAGGUGGUGGUGGUGGUGGCUGCUGCUGCCAGGAUGAAUCUUUUCAACCUGGACCGUUUUCGUUUUGAAAAAAGGAAUAAGAUUGACGAAGCGCCCGAAGCAACCCCUCCACCCUCCCAGCCUGGCCCUUCUUCACCCAUUUCUCUCAGUGCCGAGGAGGAGAACGCUGAAGGGGAGGCUAGCAGGGCAGCCAGCCCUGACUCAGAUAUAACUGAAAAGACAGAAGAUUCUAGUGUUCCAGAAACUACAGUAAAUGAAAGAAAACCGAUAUCAGAUUUGAAGAAUCAAGGAGGAAUACAGUAUAUUGAUUUGUCUUCUGAUAGUGAAGAUACUGCUUCUCCAAACUGCUCCAAAGACACAGUAAUUAUAGUUUCUGAGCCAUCUGAAGAUGAAGAUUCCCAAGGCCUUUCUGCCAUGACAGGUAGAAAUAAUGCUAUUUCAGAAUUGGAAGACCUUUCAGAACUGGAAGAUAUUAAAGAUGCUAAACUUCAGACCUUGAAGGAACUCUUCCCACAAAGAAGUGACAAUGAUUUGCUUAAGUUGAUUGAAUCAACCAGCACAAUGGAUGGAGCAAUUGCUGCUGCCUUGCUGAUGUUUGGUGAUGCAGAAGGUGGUGGACCCAGGAAAAGAAAGUUGUCUUCUUCUUCAGACUCAAAUGAGGAAGAUGAAUGUAAUGGUAAUCAAACCAUAAAAAAGAAGAGAAUGGAUCAUGGAGAGGAAUCAAAUGAGUCUGCAGAAUCUAGAAGUAUUUGGGAAAAGCAGGAAAGUAUUGUAUUGAAAUUGCAAAAAGAAUUUCCCCAUUUGGGUAGAAAGGAACUAAGGGACGUACUCAAGGAACAUGAAUGGAUGUACACAGAAGCCUUAGAAUCUUUAAGAGUGUUUGCAGAUGAUCAAGAAUAUGCUUCACAAAGUGAGUUUCCAAAUGGAAAAGAAGUUUCUUCGAGAAGUCAAAAUUAUCCUAAAAGCAUAGCUAAAGCAAAACUUAAACAGAAAUAUGCCAUGAAAGCACAAAAUGGUUUUAAUAAGAAACGUAAAAAAAAUGUAUUCAAUCCGAAGAGAGUUACUGAAGACUCUGAAUAUGAUUCAGGUUCUGAUGCAGGUAGUUCACUAGAUGAGGACUAUAGUAGUGGUGAAGAAGUGAUGGAGGAUGGUUAUAAAGGUAAAAUUCUUCACUUCCUUCAAGAUGCUUCAAUUGCUGAACUUACUUUGAUUCCUCAGUGUUCUCAGAAAAAGGCUCAGAAGAUAAUAGAACUCCGGCCCUUUAAUAGUUGGGAAGCUCUGUUCACAAAGAUGUCCAAAACUAACGGCUUAUCAGAAGAUUUGAUAUGGCACUGUAAAACAUUGAUCCAAGAAAGAGAUGUAGUUAUAAGGCUUAUGAACAAAUGUGAAGACAUUUCAAAUAAAUUGACGAAACAAGUUACCAUGCUCACUGGAAAUGGAGGUGGAUGGAACACAGAACAACCCUCUAUUUUGAAUCAAAGUUUAUCACUCAAGCCCUAUCAGAAGGUUGGUUUGAAUUGGUUGGCAUUGGUACAUAAACAUGGACUCAAUGGCAUUUUGGCAGAUGAAAUGGGCCUAGGAAAAACUAUUCAAGCCAUUGCAUUUCUGGCAUACCUCUAUCAGGAGGGUAAUAAAGGUCCUCAUUUGAUCGUUGUUCCUGCGUCAACUAUAGAUAACUGGUUAAGGGAAGUUAAUUUAUGGUGCCCCACUUUGAAGGUGCUCUGUUACUAUGGUUCUCAAGAAGAACGUAAACAGAUAAGAUAUAACAUUCAUAGUAAAUAUGAAGAAUACAAUGUAAUUGUGACCACGUAUAAUUGUGCAAUCAGCAGUUCUGAUGACCGUAGUCUCUUUCGACGACUAAAACUUAAUUACGCAAUUUUUGAUGAGGGCCAUAUGCUGAAGAAUAUGGGCUCUAUUCGCUACCAGCACCUUAUGACCAUUAAUGCAAAUAACCGUUUGCUGCUCACAGGCACACCUGUACAGAAUAAUCUAUUAGAACUCAUGUCGCUGUUGAAUUUUGUUAUGCCACACAUGUUUAGUAGUAGCACAAGUGAAAUACGAAGGAUGUUUUCUUCUAAGACAAAACCAGCAGAUGAGCAAAGUAUAUAUGAAAAGGAGAGAAUAGCACACGCAAAACAGAUUAUAAAACCAUUUAUUCUCAGAAGAGUAAAAGAUGAGGUUCUCAAGCAGCUGCCCCCCAAGAAGGACCAGAUUGAGUUGUGUCCCAUGUCGGAGAAUCAGGAGCAACUCUACCUGGGUCUUUUCAGCAAAUUGAAAAAGUCUAUCAAUAACUUAGAAAAAAACACAGAAAUGUGCAAUGUCAUGAUGCAAUUGAGAAAAAUGGCCAAUCAUCCUUUAUUACAUCGCCAAUAUUACACAGCUGAAAAACUCAAGGAAAUGUCCCAGCUUAUGCUAAAGGAACCUACACAUUGUGAAGCUAACCCUGACCUGAUCUUUGAAGAUAUGGAAGUUAUGACAGACUUUGAAUUACAUGUACUUUGUAAACAGUAUCGGCACAUUAAUAACUUCCAGUUAGACAUGGACUUGAUUUUAGAUUCUGGAAAAUUCCGAGUUUUGGCACGCAUUUUGUCUGAACUAAAAGAGAAGGGUGAUAGAGUUGUAUUAUUUAGCCAAUUUACCAUGAUGCUGGAUAUUUUAGAGGCUCUUUUAAAACAUCAUCAACAUAGGUACCUCAGAUUAGAUGGAAAGACUCAGAUUUCUGAAAGGAUUCAUUUAAUUGAUGAGUAUAAUACCGAUAUGGAUAUCUUUGUAUUUCUGCUGUCAACAAAAGCUGGUGGCUUAGGAAUAAACCUGACUUCAGCAAAUGUUGUUAUACUUCACGAUAUUGACUGUAACCCUUAUAAUGAUAAACAAGCAGAAGAUAGAUGCCAUAGGGUAGGCCAGACAAAAGAAGUACUAGUUAUAAAAUUAAUAAGCCAAGGAACGAUUGAAGAGUCUAUGCUAAAAAUUAACCAACAGAAAUUGAAACUAGAGCAAGAUAUGACCACAGUAGAUGAAGGAGACGAAGGGAGCAUGCCAGCAGAUAUAGCCACAUUACUUAAAACGUCAAUGGGCCUAUGAAAUAAGAAUUGUGAAUUCCUGAUCGAUGAGGAAAUAUCAACUUGGUGCAUUCAAGGACAUUUACAUUAUGAUGACCAUGGGGUUUGUGAACAUUUGUAACUUUUUAUAAUUUCCAUAUUACAUUUCUCAUAGUAUGGACAACUUUUUUGCCACUAACUGAAUUCUCCCGAAGCUCACAUAUAAAGUUUCAAUAAAAGCCACAAAUAUGUAGUCGUAAAGAUGUUGAAUAAUCAUUUUACAAAACAGUUUUCUGAAUGGGGAUUAGUUGGUGAUUGUUUGUAACAAAUAUGCUAAUGCUUUAGAAAUGUCAGUAUUUUUGUAAUUAUUUCUACCUCCAAAUAUAUAUAUAUUGUCUUUCACUGGAUAAUGUGUGUAGAUUUUUACAUGUGCCUUAUUUGACAAUGCUUAUGUCUUGUUUUUGCUUGUCUUAUUUGAAGUUCUUUUUUUAUUACGUUAGGUUUAAAAAAUACAGCUGUAUAGAUUAUAUAGCUUUCAUUUUAUUGCUAUUUGAAGCAGAUGUUCACCACUGUCAACAAGAACUCAACCUGAAUUUAAAGGUGGCAUUCCAUAUACUGACACCCCAGGUCCUCCCAACUACUUCUGUUAAAACAAAUACAUUUGGCUAGGCACUAAGUUGUUUUCCAGUGAAUAGUAUCUAAAGAAGCCCUUACCUUGCUCCAUGGAAUAAUUAAUUCCUUCUGUUCAUUUCCCAACUGCGUUAAUUGUGCAUAUAUUACUCUGCCCAUUCCUGUGCAUGUUUUCAUUGAUUUCCCUCUCCUGGCUUUUGCUUCUCUUGAAACUGUUGCCCAGUCAUUUCUGCUCCAGUUCUUUUUACUCUCUAAAUAGUAGUUAUUCUGCCAUAUCUCCACACAUCAGCAAAAUGUUGGUGACAUUUUUUUCUAGCCUGGCAGAACAGAUUAACAGGCUAUCUCACUUAAAAGCAGACUGAAUAUGACUUCAUGUUAAGGAAGCAUUAGUACUGCAUGGAAAUAGGUCAUUACCUUUACCUUCUUAUAAAGUAUGAUUUACCAGGUUCCAGAAAUUCCAGUACAGGACCUCCUGAAGAGAGCCAUUUUUCAAUUCCAAUUCAGUGUGGGUGACAAAGUGAAACUUAGAAGUAAAGUUGUCUACUUGAUAUUUAACUCUUUAUUAAGUCUUUCUUUAAAAUUUUGCCUGUCAGUCUAUAUUGCUGUUUUUAUUACACAUAAAUUUUUUUUGUAUAACUUGUGAGUUUCAUGUGUUUUGUUUUUAUUAUGUAAAUACCAUUAUAAAUAAAGUUAUUUAUAAAUCAAAGAUUUGUUAAUUGGAGAUUAUACUUUACAGGCAUCCUGACUUGCUAAGAUGCUAGGGUAAUACAGUCCUCUGUAGUUAGAAGGCUAAUGAAACUCUGAUAGUGAUUUUUCAGAUAUUGUGGACUCUGAAAACUCAUGGCUCAAAGUUUUGAUGGUAUAUUAAAGAUAUUCCGUUUAUUUUAGUAUGGGGACUAAAAGGAAUCGGAAAAUAUUACUGUCUCCUCCUGCGUCACAGUACCCAAAUUACUUUGUCAAUUUUUUAAGAAUAUUACCUUUUAAAAUAUUACAAUAGAUUUCUCAUAACUUUUUUGUAUUAAUGUAUCUUCAUUAAGAGGCUAUUUCUUUUGUUGUUAAAACCAUAUUUUUAUCUUCAAUGAAAUGUAGUAGUUGGGUUCUCCCUGUAAUGCUUUAUUAUGUCUGGGGCUUAAUAAAAAUAUUUGUGAUCUUAA